UUUUUGUUUUUUGAACAUCCAUAUUCAGUUACUAAAUAAUUCAAUGUAGUACUGCAACAAGUAUGGCACUGCUGUGGACAAUAGAGGAAACCAAAGCUGACAACAUUUCCAACAAAAUCCUGCUGGGGAAAAAAUGUUGAUCAGAUGUUUCUAAGAUUAACCUACAAAUUCAUUAUGAAUACUGACUGAAUUGUCCAUUCUUCUGAAUUGUCCGUGCUUUUGUAAAGAGUUCUUUAUUAACAUGUCUAGCAUGUAUUGCCACCUGUGGUCUGUAGGCCUCAAAACUGCAAUGCAAUAAGAGUGCAAAGGAGCAAUGAUGGGCAUUUCCGCAAGCAAGUAAAAGAUGGAAUGAUUGUUUUGCAAAUUUUCUUCACUGACAACAGGGUGUUUUUGCAACUUGGAGUAAUGCUAAAAAAAGAUGUAUUGUUAAGCUGUUAUUGGGGCUUUGUCUGGUUUAAACUGUUCUUAUUGCAUGUUGGAAAAGCCUGAGCUAUACAAGUGGUCAUACUCACUGCUGAGGCAGUUAUGCUCAUGCUAAUAAUAAAGUCAUGAAGAAUAUAUUUGAUUAAUUUUUGUUUGUCUGUUACAGUAAAACUGUUGCAGUAAAACCUCCUUAGGACGGCAGUGUGCUUUAUUGAAUCCUGCUGAACGUCCCUCUUGCACUUUAUAUUAUAUGAUUAUAUUAAUGAAACCAUAACCAAAACUAAGUGAACCUGUGCUAAAAAAGGUUUGAACAUCUUUUUACUGUGGCUUUUGUGAGUUCCACAGGAGUUAUCAGCUCCACCCCUGUCUACCUCAUUAUUGAAGCGGUAUCUAAAAUGAGAAUAUGUAAACCAACACACUUCCUCCUUUCUGUUGUUGAGUUCAUCCACUGAGAAGGACAGACUGGUCUCCACAAUUCUCUUGGUUUUUUAUCCUCCUUGUAACACUCAUUGGAUAACAUAACUACUAAGCAAGACAACAAAUACAUCUGAGGAAGGCUGAAAAACACGGAAGGAAAUAUAUGAAUUAUUCCGAUGAUCAGACUAAUGGAUAACAGCACUGGAAAGAACAAUUCCUUGAACUUCGACACUUCAUCCUACAUUCUGGUCACCAUCUAUAGCAUCACCCUGUUGGGGGGCAUAAUUGGCAUCUUUUUCAUGACCAUAUUCCUGAAGAACAGCCAGAACAAACUUUCAAUCACUACUAUCUCCAUCAUCAAUCUCGUCCUAGUGCACGGUAGCUUUCUGUUCUCUGUUCCCUUAAUCAUGGAGUAUUAUGCCACUGGCAGUUGGAAGCAUCCCUUCAUUCUCUGCAAGCUGGUGAGCAUCUCCCUACACACCCACUUGUACUUGUCCUUCUUUUUUUACGUGGCCAUCCUGGUGGUGCGCUUUCUUUUAUUCUUUGGGAGAAAGCCGAGAGACUUCUACAGACCACUGUAUGCUUUCAUCGCCAGUGCAGUGGUGUGGAUAGUCAUCUUUGUCAGCCUGUUCCCACCCCUGCUGGUGGAGUACGGAAAACAUCAAAACUACAACAAAACCAAAUGUUUCCAAUUUCAGGCUGAAUUUAAGAGAGGAUUCGUCAUUGUAUUCAACAUGGUGAUUGUGGCUGCCUUCAUCUUAGUCUCCUUGCUAUUGGUCUUGGUCCAGAUAUUCAUUCUCACAAAAGUGAUCAUAUCAAACAAGACUAAUUUGCGGUCGCGUCAAGAGUUCAGGGCUCAGCUGAAAAACCUCAGCUUCAUUAUGAUCUUGAUCAUUUGUUUUCUGCCUUACCAUAUUUUCAGAAUUCAUUACGUAAAUAAGAUCGCCGUCAACCCUACUGAUACGGGGCUUAGCCAGAAGAAUGACAUUUAUUUGUCCAUCACGACUCUGUGCUGUUUAGACCUGUUAACAUUGUUAGCCAGAGGCUAUUAAGUAUGCUUAAUAGCCUCUGGCUAAUUAAGCAUACUUAAUAGCCUCAGCAUACUUAAUGUAUGCUGCAAGAUUGUGGUUUUCUCUUUUGUAUUUCCAGUCUAAAAUGUAACAAAAAAGCCAAAAAUG